UAUUGAACAUGCUGCGGCCGGGGUGCCUGGAUUGAGCUCCGCGUGAUACACACAGUUAGUGCUUCCCAUUUUUUUGGCAUUUGUGAGUUGGGAAAAAAGUGAAUGGUGUAGUUUCCAGUAGAGACCGUUGCAUUCUUACUCUUGUUUUGGUUGUAGCUCCUUCUGUUGAUCUUAGCUAAGUGCUAUAAACUGUACUAUAACGUGGAGUGGUAUAAUAUGCUACGAAAUGGCAGAUGACAAUCAGAAAGCAAAGGCCGAUGUUGGGAAGAAGAAGGAGGAUUUCGAGUUUGCGAAAAUCCUUGGAGAAGGAUCAUAUUCUACUGUCGUCCUCGCCAAAGACAAAUCCAAUGGCCAGAAAUAUGCCAUGAAAAUUUUGGAGAAGAAACACAUCAUCAAGGAGAAAAAGGUUGCGUAUGUGAAUCGUGAGAAAGAGGUACUCAGUAAGAUUAAGCACCCGCUGUUCGUUCGCUUAUACUUCACUUUCCAAGACUCUGACAAGCUCUACUUCGGCCUGAGUUUCGCGGAGAGAGGCGAGAUCACUCCAUAUCUACGGAAAGUAGGCUGCUUUGAUGAGACCUGCACGAAAUUCUACACUGCGGAAAUUGUUGAAGCCCUGGACUAUUUGCACCAGCUGAGAAUAAUUCAUCGAGAUCUGAAACCUGAAAAUAUUCUCCUCAAUGAGCAGUGGCACGUUCAAAUUACAGAUUUUGGAACUGCCAAGGUGCUGGAGCCUGGUAGCAGUCAAUGCCGUGCUGAUUCGUUUGUUGGCACUGCUGAGUACGUCUCUCCAGAGUUGCUAACGAGCAAGAAUGCGUGCUAUGCGUCGGACCUGUGGGCGCUGGGGUGUAUUCUGUUUCAAUUUACUGCUGGCUUCCCUCCGUUUCAUGGCGCGAAUGAAUACCAGUGCUUUCAGAAGAUCACGAAAGGCGAGUACUCUAUCCCAGAUGGGUUUCCUGCGCCAAUUGCUGAUCUGAUUGAGAAGAUCUUAAUCCUUGAGCCGACUGAGCGUCUUGGAGCUGAGGAGAAGGGAGGGUUUGGUCCAUUGAAGCAGCAUGACUUCUUUGAAGAUAUCAAAUGGGAUACUCUGAUGGAGCAGAAGCCACCGCCAAUCAAGGCAUAUUUGCCUGGUCAGGAUCUACACAGUGAUAUGAAUGUACUGGAUGGCAUGGAUGCUGAUGGUCAAGAUGACUUUGAUGGUAGCUUGCUUUUAGCCGGUCUGGGUCUAGCCGAUCAGUCCAAGCCGCUUGCAUCGCAAAGCGACGAUCGCAAAGCACUACUGGCAAAGCAGGAGAGCAACUCACCCUGGUCACCGUUCUGCAAUGGUGAACUCAUUCUGAAGGCUGGACUUGUCGACAAGCGGAAAGGUUUCUCGUGCAAGCGCCGCCAGCUAAUCUGCACAGAUGGACCGCAUCUGUACUAUGUCGACCCAGUGGCCAUGGUCUUAAAGGGUGAAAUCCCCUGGUCAGAACACAUGCAGCUGGAGAUGAAGAACUUCAAGACGUUCUUCAUUCACACGCCAAACCGCACGUACUUCCUGGAAGACCCGAGUGGCGAGGCGCAGCAAUGGGUCACCUUGAUAGAAAACCUCCAAAAGAAGAAGAAAAGCGUAAACUGAUGAGGAGUGUGUCGUUAUGACUGUAGAUGUCUAAAUUGUUUAACACGAAUACUGGCUACACUGGCGUUGUACAGGUUGCCACUGCUGAGCUGGUGCUGCCGCUGCUGCUGUCAGCUCAGCUACCUCUGCCAGUUAAUAUUAUUCUUGAAGCAGCUGUGGUAGGUUGACUGGUGUGCGUUUACCAUGACUGCUUAUUACAUUGUACAUAGCUACGCUGCAUAUUGCGCAUUACAUAUUGCCUGCUUUUACCGGUUAUUGUCGGAAUUCUCUAUUUUAUAGUUGUUUUUCAAAGAGAUAUGCUAAUUCCCUCUCCCCUAUCCACAAACGGCUUUUAUUUGCUUUGGUUGUGCUUGUGUCGUACCGACACCAGGCAUUCGCAUUUCCCAACUACUCUUUCUUUUCCUUUCCUUGUGGCUAUUUUUUAUGUUUAGCAUAACUCUUCUCUCUCUCUCUCUCUCUCUCUCUCUCUCUCUCUCUCUCUCUCUCUCUCUCUCUCUCUCUCUCUCUCCCUCCCUCCCUCUCCCGGUAUCACCCAUGCAUAGGAUUAGUGAUAGUAUAUGCACAGGUAGUAGUGCUGCUGCCGUGGGUGGAUAGUCCACUGUGGCCUUUUUGCCCACACUGUCAGACACCAGGUUGACGUAUGCACAAUUUCUCAUAUUUUCUUAAUCCUAUUAUUGUAAGCGGUGAACUUGACAAUUAGUGGCACUGCACUCUGCUCACUGUACCCCAUAGCAGUGAUUACAUAGCGUGUACCUACCACAUGGCAUUUGUAUUUAUUUCUACUGAAUGCCAUCACAACUUCCAGUGUGUGCAUA